AUGUACCACUCGGGCCUGGGCUAUCAGUGCACGUUCGUGGAUAAACCGUCACAGAUGGUACUCCAUCAUUUACAAGAGAACUUAAAAGGCCAAGAGCGAGCCGUGGAGGCAGUGGUGGGUGCGAUCGAAGCCUGGGAGUUCUCGAGCUCUACUAAAGACCGCGCACCGUUGGUGUUGGCUAUUACGGGGCCGACGGGCACGGGCAAGACGGAGAUGUCCAACUUGAUCGCUGAAGCGCUGUUUAAACGCAAGAAAAAGCUAUCAAACAGUGAGAAACGUGUGCCGUCAGGGCUGCUGAUCUUUCGUGGAGAAGAUUUUAGCGACAAUUUCACGAACCCCAUCACGGAAUACCACACGCAGAUCAAGACGAGACUUGCGGAACACUUGCAUCACUGCUCAGGAAAAGCCGUCGUGGUGAUCGAUGAAGUGCAGAAGGUGAUUCCACACACGCUUGACGGUAUGGUAACGUUUUGUUUUGUUAUAUUUUUCUAG